CACCAGCCCCCUCACACCACCGCACCCCUCUGUCCGUGCAGCGCUGCACUGCUCCGCUCGCACCUCCACGCCCGCCGCACUCGCCGCCCGCGCCAUGGCGUCCGCCGCGCCCUCGCCCGCCAUCGCCGGCGUGCUCGGCGCGCUCGACGCCCUGUACAAGAACCCCGAGCGUGCGGCAAAGGAGCAGGCCAACGCAUGGCUGCAGACGUUCCAGUCGCAGCCCGAGGCAUGGGAGACGGCCAACAGCCUGCUCCUCGCGCAGGACCUGCCCGUCGAGCCGCGUCUCUUUGCUGCACAGACGUUCCGCACAAAAACCACAUUCGACCUGGAGCAAGUGCCGCCAGCCUCGCGUCUGGCCCUGCGCUCCACGCUCCUCACUGCGCUGGCAGCCUAUCUCGAGGGCCCGCGGGUGAUUCGCACGCAGCUCUGCCUCACGCUCGCGGCGCUGGCACUGCAGCUCGAGCCGGGCAGCGAUCCAGAGUGGGGCGACCGCGUCGUGCCAGCCAUGAUCGAGCGCUUCGGCAACGACCCGAGCAGCGUGGCGCUGCUGCUCGAGUUCCUCACGGCACUGCCGGAGGAGAUCACGACGAACCACCGCAUUCCCAUCGAUAACGACCGAUACAAGGAGCGGGCCAGCUCUCUCCUCUCUGCGCAUGCCGACGAGGUUCUGCGCAUCCUCGCGAUGUACAUUCAGGCACAAGGCAUCACCUCGCAAAUACAGAGCGCCGUGUUCGAGUGCCUGCGCAGCUGGCUGCGCGCCGGCGAGAUCCAGACCUCGACGCUGAUCGCGACGCCGCUCUUCCAGCUCUCGUUCGAGGCGCUGCAGUCCGACGAGCUCUUCGACGUGGCCAUCGACGUGCUCUGCGACGUCAUCAACGAGACGCAGGAGGUGCACGACAACAUGGGCGCCAUUGAGCUCAUCGUGCCGCGCCUGCUGCCGCUGCGGGCCGACCUGGCAAAGGCCAUCGAGGACGGCGACGACGACAAGGUCCGCGGCCUCUGCCGGCUGUUCGUCGCCGCCGGCGAGACGUAUCACCAGCUCAUCCUGCGGCACCGGGAGCAGUUCUUCCCCAUCGUCGAGGCCAUCGCCUCGUGCGCCGCGUACGCCGAGAUUGAGAUCGUGCAGAUCACCUUCCGCUUCUGGUGGAUGCUGGCCAGCGGGCUGGGCAAGGCGCGUGCCGAUCCGAGCAUCCAGCCGUUCCUGGACGUGUUCGAGCGCAUCCUCAGCAUCGUCAUCCGGCUGCUGCGCUGGUCCGACGACGUCGACACGGCUUCGGCAAGCGACGUGGCGGACCAGCGCGAGCUGCGGCAUAAUCUCGGCGACACACUCAAGGACUGCUGCCAAGUGCUCGGUGCACGCGAGUGCCUCACGCGCUCGCUGCAGAUGAUUGAGGAGCUGCUGGCGCAGGCAUCGGCUGCGGGUGCCUCGGGCGCCGGGCCAAAGUGGCAGGACAUCGAGGUGCCGCUCUUCUCGAUGCGCGCCAUGGGACGUGUGGCGGACAUGCAGGACAACGACGUGACGCCACGUAUCAUGGACAUUGUCUCUGCGCUGCCGGAGCACCCCAAGGUCAAGUACGCCGGCCUGCUCGUCGUGUGCCGGUAUACGGAAUGGGUGGCGGCGCAUCCGGAGCGGAUACCGCCCGUGCUCAGCUACAUCUCCAGCGGUCUGCAAGGCGCACACAUCGAGGACACGGGCGCCGCAGCGGCACAGGCGCUCAACUACCUGUGCCAGGACUGCGCGCAUCUGCUGCUGCCGUACCUGCCGCAGCUCUACGACUUCUUCCACAGCGUGAGCGGCGAGGCGUUGCCCAACUCGGACCUCAUGCAGGUUACCGAGGCCAUCGCACUCGUCGUUGCUGGCAUCCAAGGUGCCGACGAGCGGACAAGCACGGCGCUGCACUUCCUGCAGCCACUGCUGCAGGCACUGCAGGCCUUUGCGGCGUCAACGGAGAGCAGCAGCGAGGCGAUCGGCAAGGCCACGAGCAAGAUGGAGCAGCUGCAGGUCUUCCUGCAUGCGCUGGGCCGGGGACGCAAUCUUGAGGAGGAGCCGCUGCCAGAGGCGUGCGCAAAGACAUGCGUCGAUGUGUAUGCGCUGCUCGACCGCAUCAUCGAGACGCGCGGCAGCUCCGUCGUCGUGGCUGAGCGGACAUGUCAUCUGCUGCGCCGCGGCAUGGCCUUCUUUGGCGAUGCCGCACGGCCAGUCGUGCCGGCGAUGCUGAGCCGGCUGAGCGACGCCUUUGCCACGUCGGGACACUCGUGCUACAUCUGGAUCGUCGGCAAGUGCAUCGAUGCGUACGGCCCGCACGCCGAUGCCCAGCUGCAGGCUGCCAUGCUGGCUGCAUUCGAGCGCGUCAGUGCAAAGACGCUCGAGCAGCUCGAGGUGACGCCGGCUGCGGAGAUGAGCGACACCAUCGACGACUACGUCAACGCAUGCGCACACGUCACGGCGCGCUCGACGGCGCUAAUCGUCCUCUCGCCCGUCUUUCCGCAUGCAUUGCGCGUGGCCAUGACGGCGCUGACGUUGCUCGACCAGCGGGUGGUCGAGGGGGCGUUGGAGUUCCUCAACGAGGUGCUCAGCAGCGAGUCGCUCAGCCUGCCCGUGCUCGAGGGGCAGCGCGGCGUGGCUCUGGAGCCGUACGGCGGCGUACGCAGCACGCCGCCAUCGGAGGAGGCGGCGCGCUGCGCGGCCAUCAUCCGACAGGUGGUGCCGGAGCAGGUGAUGCAGCUCGUGGCACUGCUGCUGCAGGGCCUCACCGGCGCCUUCUCGCCCGACGUCAUGUAUCCGGCCAUGGCGGCCAUGCGGCACCUGGCCGUUGCCUUUCCCAGCGAGACGGCCGCGGGCGUGGCGGCGACGGCGGCGCACCUGCCGACGUCGAGUGUGUCGCUGCAGGAGCGCGAGCGCUUCGUCGAGUCGUUCACUACCGCCGUGGCGAACCAGCAGCCCGUGCGGCCGGCACUGCAGGCGCUCUACGGCGCCUCGCGCAAGGCUCGCGAGCGGGCACGCGUGGACCGCGAUGCGGGCCUCUUUGAUGUCGACCGCUCGUGAGGCCAUGUGGGCCCCUAGCAGCUUCUCUCCCCUCUCGCCGCGUCACACAAUCACUUGCCACAUCCCAUCACCGCAUUAUUCUCAACUCACACCCAUCCAUGCAAUGCACCCAAGAGGAGAUGAGGUGUGUGUCCUGGCACAGAG